UUCUAACGUUUCCAUGUGGUUUGCCCUCCUCUUUUCGGCCAAGUCCGAUGGCUCAUGUGAUGACAAAUAUCCCAGAAAAGGUGGUCGCCCCGCGAAGGUCGAUGAUGAUUGCUGAUCUUGUGCAUCGAUCGGGUCAAGGCAUCGACGAUAAAACUAUCAAGCUAUCAACUUCAUCGUCACAUCAAUCACUUCAUCAGACUCUCAUAUUGAAAUCGAGGAUAUUAACACCAGUAGCCUCUGCUGGUACUCAAUCGACUCAUCUACAGCUCAAAGGACCGCUUCGAUAUGGACGCCUCAUACGCUUUCGCCGACUCUGGAUCGGCUAGGAAGAAUGACCUUCCCGAAUCCAUCGACCUGAGCCACCAUCUCAACCUGACGACCAGGUCGAGGACGGCCAACUCGCUCAAGGGGUUGUACAAGUAUAUGAACGCACCGGGGAUGUUGUCCCUCGCUGGAGGACUGCCUAACCCGGAAAUCUUUCCCUUCGAGAGCAUGUCAGCCGAAAUAUUGCCAUGCGACGCUCUCGCCAAGAAACCUCCUACCUUGACCGGAGACAUCUCCAAGGACACUGUCAAGGAACAAUCUUUCCUCUCCUGGCUCUUUGGCAAGAAACCUACGAAGACCAUCUCCGUCCCUAAGUCCCACACGCCUGUCCACGACCCGGCCGCUGUGGACUUGAGUACGCUCUUGCAGUAUUCAUCUGCGGAGGGACAUCCUGCCCUGAAAGAGUUUAUCAGGAACUUUGUGGAAAAGGUGUAUAGGCCUGGGUUUGCGGAUUGGCAGGUCCAGCUGAACGUGGGGGCCACGGCGGGGUGGAGCCAGGUCGUCGCGAUGUUGAUGGAGAGGGGGGAUGCGAUCUUGGUGGAAGAGUUUACGUACCCUGGGGCUAUGAACGCCUACCAGCCGCUGGACAUCAAGCCCGUCUCUGUCAAGAUCGACGGAGAAGGUCUCCUCCCGGAAGACUUUGACAGGAUCCUCGCCAACUGGGACGAACAAAAGGAAGGUCGUCGACGACCCCGCGUGUUGUACACGGUUCCUACCGGACAGAACCCUACAGGAGGGACCAUGUUGGCCGAGAGGAAGCAGAAGAUCUAUGACUUGUGUGUCAAGUAUGAUGUCAUCAUUGUCGAGGACGAACCCUACUACUUCCUCUACUCUGAUCCCUGGGUCCCCCGAGCUGGCAAACAGUCCGGUCAAGCUCUUCGCGCUUACGACAACUUCAAGGACGACAAGAAGGGCGUCGAAGAGUUCUUCAAAAAGUUGCCCCCUAGCUACCUGAGGUUUGAUUAUCAGGGACGGGUCAUCAGGCUGGAUACUUUCUCAAAAACGAUCGCCCCUGGGUCUAGAUUGGGAUGGUUCACCGCGAACCCGCUCUUUACUGAACGUCUCCUGCGAGGAUGUGAAUCGGCCAUUUCGAGUCCCAACGGGAUCGGUCAGGCUAUGAUCACCAAGCUUAUGCUCGAGUGGGGCUACGAUGGAUACAUCCGAUGGCUCCGUGGUAUCAAGGCGACCUACGCCAUGCGACGGGACUGGAUGUGCGACCUCUUGGAAUCGACCUUCCACCUCGAGUUUAACCAAAGCCUACCAGUCAGCCAACACAUCAAGUGGAUCACGGCCUACGAAAAGACGGCGCCCGGUAUGGGAGGCGCCGUAUUGGACGAGAAGCGAGGCUACAAGGCGCAGAAACCGCUCGUCUCGUUCGUCCCGCCUAGCGCGGGAAUGUUCGUCUGGCUCGCUGUGCACCUCGAUAGUCACAAGGACUUUGAGAAGGUGAAGGCGCGGGGCGAGGACCCGAACAGGGUCUUGCUGGAAAAGCUGUUCAUCGAGUUGGCCGAGCACAAGGUCCUUGUCGUACCCGGCUUCUUCUUUGACGCGCAGCCCGGUCAGCCUCACAAGGGCUCAGAAAACAUCGGCUUUUUGCGAUUGGCCUUUUCAUUCGCACCACACGACGAGAUGAAGCAGGCGCUCGAGAUCAUGAGCCGCGUGAUCAUCAAGUUCUUUGCGUAAAGGCGUUGAGAAUGUCCACGCUUGUCAGUUGAAUUGAGAGUCUGUAUCCACGAGAAGGAAGCUUUGUAGUCGUGUUAUCAGCUGUUGAACGUUUAUGGACCAUAUAUGUAUCUCGUCCUCGCAACCAGCUCCACCUGCAGGAUUGUGUCGAUUCGCA